UUGCGCCUUUUGAGUCAGCAGGCUACAUGGAUCCUGGUCACGUUCCUACCGUGAUGAUAUUGGCGGUCGUAUUGUCUUUGGUGGGCACAGCUGUAACGCAGCAGCACGCCGCAAGCUUUCCCGAGGACUUCAUUUUCGGCGCCGCUACGGCCUCGUAUCAAGUGGAAGGAGCCUGGAACGAGGACGGUAAGGGCGAGAACAUCUGGGAUCGGAUGCUGCACGAACAUCCGGAGUACAGCUCCAACGGCGACAACGGCGACGUGGCUUGCGAUUCGUACCACAAGUACCAGGAGGACGUGCAGAUGCUGAAGGCGCUCGGGGUGGACGUGUACCGGUUCUCCAUCUCGUGGGCGCGCAUCCUGCCCACAGGCGACCUCGACGUCAUCAACCAGCCGGGAAUCGACUACUACAACAACCUCAUCAACGAGCUGCUCGCGAACGGAAUUCAGCCUAUGGUGACUAUGUACCACUGGGACUUGCCUCAAGCUCUGCAGUACAUCGGCGGCUGGCCCAACCCGAUUCUCGCGGAUUACUUCGUCGAGUACGCCCGGCUACUGUUCGACGAAUUUGGAGACAGGGUGCGCUGGUGGAUCACGUUCAACGAGCCCGCCUCGUUCGUCGGCGGCUACUCGUCGGUGGGGGUGGCAGCGCCCUCGCAGAACGCGUCCGGCAUCGGCGACUACCUGGCCGCCCACACCGUCCUCAGGGCGCACGCGCGCGCCUACAGGCUCUACGACGAGCAGUACAGGGCUGCGCAGAACGGCACUAUUGGGAUCACCCUGAACAGCCAGGGCUACGAGGCAGCCACAAACUCUACAGCGGAUGAGGAGGCAGUUGAGAGGAGUCUCCAGUUCCAGCUCGGCCUGUACGCGCACCCCAUCUUCAGCCGGGACGGCGACUACCCGGCUGUGGUGCGGCAGCGGGUGGACGCCAACAGCCGGGCCGAGGGGAGGCCCCGCUCACGGCUGCCAACCUUCACACAGGACCAAGUCGACUACAUUAAAGGAACGUCUGACUUCUUCGGAAUAAAUCAUUAUGCAACGAAAUUCGUGAUAUCCGGCGAGGAAGGUAUAUCGCCUUCCAUGACUCGGGAUACGGGGACCGUCCUAGUUGAUACGCAGAACUACCCCACGGGAUUCCGCAACCUUCUGAACUGGAUAGCGGCCGAGUACCCUGGCUACCAGGUCGUGGUCACGGAGAACGGCCUCCGGACCGGCGCAGGGAUCAACGACACGGACCGCAUCGAGUACUACGUGUCUUAUCUUGAUGCUGUCCUACAAGCUGUUAACACUGAUGGAGUCCCAGUGAUUGGAUACGUCGCCUGGAGCCUCAUGGACAAUCUGGAAUGGACUGGCGGAUUCUCUGUGAAGUUCGGGCUGUACGAAGUGGACUUCGACGACCCAGACUUGCCAAGGACACCAAAGGCAUCCGCUGGCGUAAUGGGCGACAUUUUCAGGACCAAACAGCUACCUACCGACUUUUUGCAAUCUUUUGUGUAAAUCUCUGUGAAAUUGUAAUAGUUCCACGUGCUGUUGUAGUACGCCAGAACCCCAUUAUGAUCUUCGCUUUUGUUGUUUAUGCCAACCGGUGUAAAAAUGUCAGAGUUGAAGUGUGAGUUAAUAGGUUAUCAUACUGUACUCGUAGGUAUCAUUUUAUUCGUUGAUUGCUUCCUAUACUCCUGCAAUAACAUAUUUCCUUUAUUGUUAAUCUGGUCUCGUUUCUCGUAAAAAAAAGACUCUUACUACCGUUUCAUUAGCCGGCUGUAACCGUAAUCAGAAUGGUGGACUCUUCCUGAAUCUCAGAUUCUUAAUAUGCGAUACUGAACACAUACAGUGUACUAAAUUAGUACCGAACACUAGCUUGGUAACGAUAACAGCACUUAGUACAGAAUAAAAUAUUUUCCUGGGAGUUACCAGCAUGUCCUUAAAUACUGAGUCAUUUCAGAUGUCUCAAUAACAAUUGAAACAACUCUCAUGACGGGUGAGAUACCAAUGGUAAUGAGUUCACACAUUACUUCAUGCUUGUUAACUGAAAGUUUCAACUCAGUUGACGAUAGUAAGUUUGCCGUUGUAGAUAAAACCACGCGUUGUACACUUUUUA